GUACCGAUCAGCUGAGUCCAGUUGUUUUUUAGUACUACUGCGUGGGGAUCAGGCAAGUAACGUUGCACAUAUUGUUAGUGUCUGAUAUUAAGUAAUCUAUUGCACAAAAACCGUGAUUUAGUCCCGAUAUUAAAUAUAAUAAACCAUGUUUAAUGCAAUGUAUCGUGCUUGUCCCUCUUGGCUCGAAAACACAUUAACAUCUUUGUAUUUUAGGGCCAAAAGUAUUUCAACCAAUGGUUUUUAUGCAAGACAUUGUAAUUCUAUAAUAAUAAAUCAAGACAACAUGAAGGUUCAAAUAUUACCUGCACUCCAAGAUAAUUACAUGUAUCUAAUUAUCGAUGAAGCAUCGCAGGAAGCUGCAAUUGUUGAUCCUGUUGAUCCUGAUAGUGUUGCGUGUGCAGUUCAACAAAAUAACGUGUGUUUAACAAAAGUUUUAACCACUCAUCACCACUGGGAUCACGCUGGAGGAAAUGCAAAUUUGUGUAAAAAAUUUAACAACCUUCAGGUAUAUGGUGGAGAUGAUAGAAUAGAGGCACUAACAUGUAAAGUGAAACACAAUGAUACUUUCAACAUUGGAAAAUUACAAGUUCAAUGCCUAGCAACACCAUGUCAUACUAGUGGACAUAUCUGUUAUUACAUUACAGGAGAUCAAGAAUCACCAGCAGUAUUUACAGGUGAUACGCUUUUUGCUGGUGGCUGUGGUAGAUUCUUUGAAGGUACUGCAGAACAAAUGUACAAAGCACUUAUAGAAAUUUUAGGAUCGUUACCUAAUGAAACUAAAGUAUAUUGUGGCCACGAGUACACGGGAAAUAAUUUAAAAUUUGGAAAACAUGUGGAGCCAGAAAAUGAAGCAAUUCGCCAAAAGAUAGAAUGGGUUCGUAUACAACGUGAAAAGAAUAAUCCUACUGUGCCAAGCACUAUUCAGGAAGAGAAAUUCACAAACCCAUUUAUGCGAGUUCACGAACAAUCUGUUAUGGACCACACUGAACAAAAAGAUCCAAUACAAACUAUGGCAUUCCUUAGAAGGGAGAAGGAUAAUUUUAAGGCAUAAAUUCAUCAUUGUUACAAAGAAAUCAGUGAUGGUUACAUGCCUUUUUUUUAAUCAAUGUACAAUGUUCAUCCUAAAUAAUUUUUAUUCAUUUUAUUUAUAAAAUUUUGCUUUGAUUUUCUAUACAUAAAUAUUGACAUAUGUGCAAA